UGGAAUAUGGCUUCUCGUAAAAUCGGGGUGACUUUGAAGCAGAUAUAAACAUAUCGCCCGCAGUAGAGGGAGUCGCGAUGGCCUGGUCGAGGUCGUCGUGGCUGGUGCUCCUGGCAGCUGCUGUCGGCAGCCUGGCCAACGACUGGGAGCGCAGCCGUGGAGCGGGAUGGCAGCAACCUCUCACAACAGACCAGCCGUCCAGCUCCAGGCCAAACAUCGUCUUCAUCUUGACGGAUGACCAGGACCUGCGCAUGGACUCGCUGUCCUACAUGCCACAUGUGAAAGAGCACCUCAUUGACCAAGGCACGUUCUUCCAGCGUCACUAUUGCACCAUCGCCCUGUGCUGCCCGUCGCGUGUGAGCCUGUGGACUGGCAGAGCAGCCCACAACACCAAUGUCACCGAUGUCAAUCCUCCCUACGGCGGCUACCCGAAGUUCGUCAGCCAGGGUUUCAACGAGGCAUGGCUUCCCAUCUGGCUCCAAGAUGCCGGCUACAACACGUACUACACGGGAAAACUGUUCAACUCCCAUAGCGUGAGGACCUACAACUCUCCAUUUGUCAAUGGCUUUACAGGUUCCGACUUCCUCCUGGAUCCUCACACCUAUGAAUACCUGAACGCCAGUUUCCAGCGAAAUCGCGAGCCGCCCGUGAGCCACGAGGGAGAAUAUUCCACCGAUGUCCUCGCCAGGAAGGCAUACGGGUUCCUAGAAGAUGCCAUAUCGGAGCAGAAACCGUUCUUCUUGACGAUUGCUCCCAACGCUCCUCACAGUAAUGUCAAGUUCGAGGAAAGCUGGUUCAACGGCAGUGCUUCGGCGCACACGAUCGUGACCACGCCUCCCAUCCCGGCAGAGAGGCACAGACACUUAUUCCCAGAUGCCGUGAUUCCGCGCACUCCAAGCUUCAAUCCAGACGAGCCUCACGGCGUUUCCUGGAUCAGUAGUCUGCCCAAACAGAACCAGACGAACGUCGACUUCAACGACGAGUUCUAUCGCAACCGGCUGCGUGCCCUCCAAGCCGUCGAUGAGAUUGUCGAUGGUGUCAUCGCUCGUCUGAAAGAGCAUGGGAUUCUCGACAACACUUACGUCUUCUAUUCGACUGACAACGGCUACCACAUCGGUCAACACCGCCUGCAGCCGGGCAAGGAAUGCGGCUAUGAAGAAGACAUCAAUAUACCAUUGAUAGUACGUGGUCCAGGGAUACCAAAGGGAAAGUCGACCAGUCUCGUAACCUCCCACACGGAUCUGGCGCCCACUUUCUUGUCUCUUGCGGGUGGAGAGAUUCGAUCCGACUUCGACGGCAGCGCUAUCCCACUGACGCCCGACCGACUUAAUGAGGAUGUUGUCUACACCCGUGGAGAGCAUGUGAACAUCGAGUACUGGGGCUUUGCACUUGCAGAGGGCAAGUACGGGAAUGGGAUGUACUGGAACAACACAUACAAGGGACUCAGGGUGAUCGGCACCGGCUAUAACCUCUACUACAGCGUGUGGUGUAGUGGCGAACACGAGCUCUACGACCUGAGGAACGAUCCCUAUGAGACGCAGAACCUGUUUAAAUCGAAUCAUUCCUCAAAUUUCGAAUUUCCAGCCACAGAGCCGGAGACCCAGUCAACGAUCACUACCUUGCAGCACCUUAUCUCUCGCCUCGAUUCACUGGUUAUGGUUCUGAAGACAUGCAAAGCACGAACUUGUACUCACCCAUGGGAAACUCUCCAUCCCCAUGGCGAGGUGGCCAACCUGCAAGAUGCCCUGGACGCACGCUAUGACGACUUCUAUGAGCUUCAACAGGAAAGGGUUCGGUUUGAAAAGUGCGAAAAGGGCUAUAUACUGGAAAGUGAAGGGCCGCGGCACGUCAAGGCAUUCUCCCUUGGUGACGAUGGACCCAGGGGAGGAGUGCAGUGGAGUGAACUUGUAUAGAAUCACUAUAUCAGAUACGGCGCAUCUCAGCGCUCUAAACUGUUAAAUUCGUUAUCUGCAAA